GGUAAGAUUUCUUGAAGUUGGGGCCGGCGCCACCAUGCCGGUCACCGGGAAGACUUUUCGCCGGCGCAGGGCCGACUCCGAUUCGGAGGAAGAUGAGCAGGACUCAGAGGAGGUUCGAUUAAAACUGGAAGAGACCCGAGAGGUGCAGAACUUGAGGAAGAGACCCAAUGGGGUGAGUGCCGUGGCCCUGCUGGUGGGAGAGAAGGUACAAGAAGAGACCACUCUAGUGGAUGAUCCCUUUCAGAUGAAGACAGGUGGUAUGGUGGACAUGAAGAAGCUGAAAGAACGGGGUAAAGAUAAGAUUAGUGAAGAGGAGGACCUCCACUUAGGGACGUCAUUUUCUGCAGAAACCAACCGAAGGGAUGAGGAUGCAGACAUGAUGAAGUACAUUGAGACAGAACUAAAGAAGAGAAAAGGGAUCGUGGAACAUGAGGAGCAGAAAGUGAAGCCGAAGAAUGCAGAGGACUGUCUUUAUGAACUUCCAGAAAAUAUUCGCGUUUCCUCAGCCAAGAAGACCGAAGAGAUGCUUUCUAACCAGAUGCUGAGCGGCAUCCCUGAGGUGGACCUCGGCAUUGAUGCAAAAAUAAAAAAUAUCAUCUCCACGGAGGAUGCCAAGGCUCGCCUGCUGGCAGAGCAGCAGAACAAGAAGAAAGACAGCGAGACAUCCUUCGUGCCUACCAACAUGGCUGUGAAUUACGUGCAGCACAACCGAUUUUAUCACGAGGAGCUCAAUGCUCCCAUUCGGAGAAACAAAGAAGAGCCUAAAGCCCGGCCCUUGAGAGUGGGUGACACAGAGAAGCCGGAGCCUGAACGGUCGCCCCCUAACCGCAAGCGCCCUGCUAAUGAGAAGGCCACUGAUGACUAUCACUAUGAGAAGUUCAAGAAGAUGAACAGGCGAUACUGAGUCCGAGCCUAGCAGAGCGAGAUGUGAAGACACUUCCCUCCCCGCCCCAUGAGAGAGCUUCCCAGACUGGCACCUGCUCAUUGGCCUGCACUCAGUUCAAGAGCAGACUCAGCCCUGUUGCUUACCUGCUGUUUUUUCAUGCACUAAAUUUGUAACUUUUUGAAACAAAGCAAUGUGUAGUUUUCCUAUUUAAGGGCAGACUCUUCUUGUGAGAGUUGUUACAUCUUGUUUGUAAAUAUGUGGGCUUUCUCUUAGUGUUUGUUCCAGGUGGAGAGGAACAGCUGUGUGUUCAGGGUGAUGCUACCCUGGGAUUGUGCUCUUGUUAUAUAUGUGAGCACAUACUUAGAAUGAGGGUCAGAACUGCAUUCUCAUUUAGAGCGAGUCCAGCCGACAGCAGAAAAUUCUAGUAUAGGAGAACCAGAUGUAGUGGUAGUGGCGAGCAAAGGAGGCUGAGGCAGGAGGAUCACAAGUUCAAGGCCAGCCUGGACAACGUGGUGAGAACUUCUCUUAAAAAAAAAAAAGAUUGGGAUGGGAUCAACAAAAAAAGGUAUUUUCUGACUUUGUCAAAAUUACCUGUUUCUUUUCAUUAAGAAAAAAAUUAUAUUUCCUAUUGCUUUUAGAGUUUAUUAAAUAUGAAGGGAAUCCAA